AUGCUCUUCCUCCUGUGCUUGUUUGGUCUGGCUCUGGGUGCGGUAUCUCCUUCUGUACUCCAUCCAGUGAAGCUCCAGCGUGGCAACUGUCCCAUGUUCUGGUAUGGCUUUAACGGCCGCUGCUACAAGUACAUCGCCACACGUAUGACCUGGGCUGAUGCAGAGAUUCACUGCAUGUCAGAGGGAGCCCACCUGGUGUCCAUCCACAGCGCGGAUGAACAGAAUUUCAUCAGAUCCCUGAUCCGAAAUUUUGACCAUGCUGAGGGAUAUACCUGGAUUGGACUCAGUGACACCCACAAAGAAGGCACAUGGAUGUGGUCUGAUGGGACUGAUGUCAACUUUUCCUAUUGGUAUCCAGGAGAGCCAAACAACUAUGGAGGGCAUGAAAACUGUGUUCACAAUAACUACAAUAAAGAGUCAAAGUGGAAUGACCGACCGUGCUCUCGUUCUUUACCAUUUGUUUGUGCAAAGUCUGUUUUCAGCUGA